AUGGUCAAAGUAGCUCUAGCGGGUUGCGCAGGUGGAUUUGGGUACCAAAUCCUCGAAGCUAUCCUCGCCACUAAGAAACACGACGUCGUCCUCCUCACCCGCAACCCCCAGCCCUCACUCGCCGAUAAAGGCAUCGAUGUCCGCGUAGUCGACUACACUGACCACGAAAGUCUCGUCUUCGCCCUCCAAGGCGUGCAUACCGUCAUUUCUUCCAUCUCGGCUCACAACCCUCCAGAGUUGUAUAAGUCGCAGGUAGCGCUUUUGGAGGCUGCGAAGAAGGUUGGAGCAAAAAGGUUCGCGCCUUCUGAAUUCGCUGGCUUGAAUAAUGAGGGAGUGGAUGUAUUUGGGCCAAAGAUCAUGGUGUGGGAGGCUUGUCAAGCCUCUGGACUCGAAUGCACGCGGUUUGUCUGCGGUAUGUUCCUCAACUCCAUGGUUGCGGGCACACCCAAGAACCAAGCCGAAGCCCUCGGCGGCCUCCGUCCCUUCAACUACGUCAUCGACAUCCCUGCAGGAACAGCCGACAUCCCAGGAGACGGCAAGACACCUGUCAAAUAUACCUCUACGCAAGAUGUUGGUCGAUUCGUCGCUGGUAGUCUUGAUCUGGAACACUGGGAACCUGUAAGCGGGAUGGCAGGCGAUAAUAAGACGUACGAUGAGGUGGUGGAGAUUGCGGAGAGGAUUACGGGUGGGAAGAGGAAGCUUUUGAGGAGGUAUACCAGCGCUGAGGAGUUCAGGAAAAAAGCCGAGGUGACGACGGAUUUAUUCCAGAGGUUUACGUAUCAGGCCGGUGCCGUGCUGGCCGAUGGAUCCGGAGAUUUUGAGCCAAAUCUGAACAAACUCCUCCCGCAUAUCGAACCUAUUGGUCUCGAAGAUUUUUUCAGGAAGUACUGGGAGGGCGUUGAGUUGCCUGAACCUGCCAGUGCGUGGGGUGCGUAAUGCGACAGAAGGCAGUCACAUACCGGGCUAAGAUAUCCAUAGUAUAAGGCAUUUUGUAUGGCACCCUGUGGCGAUAAG